AUGUUGCGCGCCUCUCAUAAACUUACAGAUAAGAGCUUGGUCGACGCUUUUGUUUGGGGCAAAUUUAUUGGAUUUCUGGCGAAACGUUAUGGUGGAGACGGUUUUUUACCUUUGGAAAUAGAGCAUGACACACGAUUGAGCUCCCUGAGAGAGCAUUUGUUUGAAAUGUGGGAUAAAUUACCAUUGGAUUCAGUGUGGGACAGACUGCGUUUUGGCGACGAGGCUUUUACCGAAUUUCUAAAAGGUAAAUUGGAGAUGUUUCAUAUGCAUGCUGUUAAAUCUUCUCCAACCGCGACGAUUGAUAAGUUUGAACAGACUUACGGAGAAGUGGAAGUGACUAAGACUAUAGCAGCUAUGAGGCUACUUUAUUCUAACUCAUUUGCGUCGACACUGCACCGUGAACGACUCGACUUUUGGAAAGCGAAAAAGUAUUCUGUAGAGACAGUUUUCGACAAGUUAAAAUUUCACAAUGAUGACGAAAAAUAUCUCGUGAUUUACAAAUUGGAGACUUUGAGCGAUUACAUCUGGUCAAUCUCUAACGAGGUCAAAGUGGCGACAAAUGAGAUAGAAAACCUCGCAAGCUCGACCUCAAUAGCAUUAACAACAAACAACAAGUUGGAUCCCAGUCUAUCAGCAGCCACUGUUGUAAAGGAUAAGCUGCUGGAAGCGUGGACUAACAAUCGAAUUCCGCUGAUCGAAUUGCUCAAAAGACUCGAUCCGAACGCGUUUGGUGCUGAAGAGAACAAGCAAUUUGAAUUAGAUGAUGCCGGUAUCAAUUUUUAUCGCAGUUAUUUCCGUGAGCAUGAAUAG